AUGGUCAAGUCCUUUCGGAUCGUAAGGGAAGAAGAAACAGCUCUCCUGGUGGAGAAGAUUCGGAGCGCAUCAGUGGUGAAUCUUUCGGACAUGCUUCUUUCUCUCACCAAUAAUGUAUUGUGUAGGGUGGCCAUGGGCAGGAAGUAUUGGGAAGGGGACGCCAGUAAUGAGGAGGGUGUGUUGGAGAAAGUUGCUAGGGAGUUUGAUGAAUUCAUAGAGGCUGUGGUUGCAGAGCAUAUUGAUAGAAAGAGAAGGGAGUGCAAUAACGGUCGUGGCUCUGGUGAAAAAGAAGUAAAUGACUUCUUGGAUGUUUUGCUUGAACUUCAAAGUGAUGAUAGGGCUGGAUUUCCUAUUCACAGAGAUACCAUCAAAGCUCUGACCUUGGACAUGUUCGCUGCUGGGACUGAUACAAUAUUCACAGUUCUAGAAUGGACAAUGGCUGAGCUAUUAAAACACACAGAAUUCAUGAAGAAGUUACAAAAGGAGGUAAGGGACGUUGGUAGAGGCAAACGUUACAUAGCCGAGGAUGAUCUGGAGAAAAUGCACUACUUGAAAGCUGUGAUCAAAGAGUCUCCGAGGCUUCAUACCCCUGCAAUCGCAAGAGAUCCAUCAUCUUGGGAAGAUCCUGAGGAGUUUCGGCCCGAAAGGUUCCUUAAUAGCUCCAUAGAUUUCAAGGGCAAAGGUUUUGAGUUCAUCCCUUUUGGUGCUGGCCGGAGGGGUUGCCCUGGCAUAGUAUUCGCCGUGAAUGUGAUUGAACUUGCAUUAGCAAAUAUUGUGUACAGGUUUGACUUUUGUUUGCCUGAUGGAGCAAGGUUGGAGGAUUUAGACACGAUGAGUGAAAGGACUGGGACUACCAUCCAUAAAAAGAAUCCUCUAAUUGUUUUAGCAGCUGAACACCUCUAG